CCCAAAUUAUCAAAAAGCUCAACCUUCUUUCUGAAACCCUAAUAAUUCACUACGCUCUCAACCACCAAACAGCCUCAUCCUUAUGGAAGAUAGUUUUCGAGUGCGGGUAGACAGGGCUUUUGGAUCUCUCGCAUCAUCUUCAACGUCUUCCUCUCUCAGUUCUCUGUGGUGUCUCUCCGACGAAGAGAUCCAAAAAAUAGAAUGGAAUCGACACAAAGAAAGCCUCGACGACGAACUGGAAUCGAAACCCUACCCUCCCAACCUCGACGGAUUCUUUGCCAACCAAUCAGCAGUUAAUUUUCAAAACGAUCUUCCCCAAGACCCCGAGUCCGACCCUCAAGACCUCAACGAUGACUGCGACUACGGCGACCAAGAACGUGAAGAAAACCAAAUUCGUGAUCUAUCCCUCAAAACAGGCGACGAAGACUGGGAUAUUCGGUCCUCAAUUGGUCUCGAUUGUACCCUCGACUACGAGGAAGAGGAAGAUGAAUAUGACAAAGUGGCCGUCGGCAGGGAGAAGGCUGGUGAUCAAUUAUGUACUAGUGACAUUUAUGAUUAUGGACCAGGCAUAAAUUCUUACAAUGAGCUACCGAAUAGAUUUAGGGAUGUCACUAGGGAUCCUCGUGCAAAUCACAUGGUGGCGAAAAUUAGGCUACAAGAAGAUGCAGAAGCAGCUGGCAGAAUUGAUUCCUUGCGUGUUUGUGAUGAUACUGCACCACGUGCUGCACGCAAAUUGGAAGCUGGUGUUGACCCAAAACCAAUCCUGAAGAAGAGGGGAAUUAAUGUGGAUUCUAGGUCACCGAAACGUGUCCGGUUUGACCCUGGAUGCAAGAAUAAUUGGGAGGAAGAGGCUGAAGGAGCCAAAGAUUUACAAAUGGAAACUUCUGCAAAAAAAGAUGCUACAAUGUCUGAUGACAAACCUUCUUUCCCACGACAUUGUUCUGGUGUUCCAGAUUACAUUUUGAAUCCUUCAAAUUACAUACAUUAUACUUUUGAUUCGUCGAAUGAUAUUGACGAAGAAUCUAAUCGGGAAGCCUACAUGGACUUUUUUAAUAUGCUGAAGAAGCCAAGUACCACGGAAUCACAGCUGGAUGACACCUCGACUGAUCUCCCAAGAUCUUUGGCAUUCGUUCCCAAAAAGAAACCAUGUGAUACUUCAACAGUGGGACGGGUAAGUGCAUUCAAGCAAAAUGAGGAAGAUGUUUCUAAGAGAAAAGCUUUACCCAUUAGCAUUGCAGCUGGGGAUGGUCAUGAAAACGAAGUCUGUGGAAUGGAGGAAGAUGAGCCAGAAACAGAUGCAGAGAAACGUAGCAGCUUGCGAGGAUCAGGUCGGCAGUAUCGGGUAAAGGCCAGCGUAGAUCUAUGUGGGUGAGCUUGUAGCUUGAUUGAAACUAGCUGGCGUCUCUAGGCCAGUAUGUCUGCCGACCUUGAUACAAACUUAAACUUAUAUUGACGUUGUCUUAGACCUGUAACUGCUUUGAAAAUUGGUAUUCUCGUAAUCACAGUGUGGCACUUGCAUUGUGUAAUGGAUGGCUUGGUACUCCAUUAUAAAGCAUGAAAAUGGAAUUGCAAUCCUCUUUCAUUGUUUCUAAUACAUAAGAGUUGCAGGUCAUCUGAAUAUCGAUCAAGCAGUUGAGAAUCCUUCUUGAUGAGCAGACUGGCUAAAUGUGAACUCAUGAAU